AGACGGUGUCGUAUCCCCAAUCAUCCCAUGUCCCAAUUGAAACACCAGUCCGAAAGUGCGUGCCCAGGUGCGGAUGUGUCUGCGCUGCACCACUGCGUGGUGACCAGCCUCUGAAUACUCUUCGCUUCACCAACUCAGUUGUCUUCACUCCUCCUGAAUGUUGUUUCUUUUUCCCGAGACCUGCAGGGUAUCCUAAUACCACUGCUGCUGAAGCUCUCCUUCUUCACCAUCACUCCGUAUUGCGUUGGGCGUUGCUCCAUCUUCAUGCCCUUUUUUUGCGACAACCUGGGCAAGCGAAACCUCUGACUGCCGAUCUCAAAUACGAGCCGAGAGGCGAAAAGAGCUGCGACAAUCAUCCAGUGUGCGACUUGACCCAAGGAGUGCCCUCAACUCAUAGUUACCCGACUUUACCCUGGGAUAUGAUCAUGGAGAAUUGAUAUCCUUUGUUAAGUGCUCGUGAAGACUGUCGCUCUAACUAUCCAUACCAAGCACUUCUCCUACGCCAUGGCUCGCCGAUCGUCCGCUCUGGAAUCGCCAGAGGUGACUCCCAAAGCCCCCGGCCUGCGCAGUAUGGGCUCGUCCUCAGAUGUCCUCUCCAUGUCUUCAAAAUCAGGAAGAACGCUCCCCUACGCCAAUCCUCCCCCGGCCUAUGUCUCCGAAUCCGAGGCUGAAAAAUUGAUACUCGCCGAGUUGGAACGCCAGGUCAAAAUCUCAGAAGGCGCGGUUGGCUUGGUCAAUGGAUUUUUGGAUCAGAUACUCUAUGAUAUCCUGGCUAAAUCACAUUCUACUGCCUUGUCGGCCGUACGCCCUGCAGUGCCAGUGGUCCUGAAACAGAGGCUUGGAAGGUCUGCUGUACAGGCGGCAGAUGAGGAAUUGCAGGAUUACAUCCCAGCGAAUGAGAUGGAAGAGGUUCUAUCAACUCCAGCCGUGCUCGAUCCAAAAGCGGAUUUCGACACUGAUUUAGCCUGGAAACUGACCAGAAUGCGUUGCAUGGUCUAUGCAAAGCUGGGAGACAUGGAAGAAGAGGAUGAGGAGGAGUAUCUGGAAGAACUCGAUCUACGAAACCACUUCUCGCGCGUAAAUGAGUCGGUCAGAGCCUCGGCGACUAUCUCACCUCCAACUGCUAUUUUCCUGACAACAGUACUUGAAUUUCUGGCUGAGCAAGCACUAUGCAUUGCAGCUCAGCAUGCCACGAAGCGACAUGUGGCAGCUUCAAAAGACACGUCAAACCAGACCAUGCAUGAUGGUCCUAUUUUGCUGGAGGAAAUAGACAUGUCCGGGGUUGGGAAGGAAGGACCUUUGAUCAGACUUUGGCGCUCGUGGAAAGGCAGCGUUAGAAGUGCUGGUAGUAUAUCAUCUCGACCGACCACGCCAAAUAUAAUGUCUCCUGUCAGUCCAGAGACACCCAACUAUGAGUGGAAGUUCCCUGCCGCUCCUCCCAUCUCGACGAUUCAAGAAGAACAGAGUCCUUCACUCAAGCCCCGAGCCAGUCCCCUGCCGGCUGACAUUCCACUGCCCAUCAGCGAGAGUGAUAUAGCAGAAAUUGAGACCCUGGGACUGGAUCGUGGAAUUGAUGAUGACGCGAGAUAUGGCGACCGCCCUACUCUGGACGCACGAAGGCCAUCGAGCAUGUUAGCUAUGCCCGGCAAAUUCCCCGAUGCUGCAACUCCUGUUGUCAAUGAUGAUUCGCAGAGACCUGAGGUUACAAGGCAAAGAUCGCAUUCCUUGCCCAGUUCAGGCCCGAAUCCUCCAGUUCUUCACUCCAAAGCAGAGGUCAAUGAUAUACUACAAGAUCGUGGCGCUACCAAUUCGCUCGAGGACUUGCAGACUAAGGUCGACUACGUGCCACAACCCAAGAGAGGAACUGCUCAGCCUGCAGCACAACACAGCAUGCCCAACUCGCAUUCAAGCACUGUCAGCAGCACUGUGGCCACAAUUGCCGGCGCAAUAAGUGUGGAAGCAUCUAGGAGAAGAGCGCAGUCUUCAUCUGAGCAAAUUCGCCCAGUAACUUCAAAUGCCGAUGCUCAUCAUGGCCUGGGCAUUAGCGCUGAACAGGAUGACGAUGAACGAGCCGGACCUAUGGGAAACCCGGAAGGCGGAAGCGACCCUGAAGAUCUUGCAUUAAGUUCAGGUGAUGAGCGUGGCGGCCGGGACCCUCGAGAUUCCGGCUUUGGUGUUGCUGGGGCUGAAGUCAUGCUUCCGAUACAAGGCCACGUUGCUGCGGGACAAGGGCGAAGUGAUCGCGACACGAUGAUCGUGAGCACUCCUGGGCAAGAGAAUUUCCCCAAUGGUUCUGCAGCUGCUCGUUACGAAGAGUAUGACCCGUACUCUACUCAGGACUUGGCCGGUCCUGCAAUGCCACCGUCAGCCGGAGGGAUGAACAAUGUGGCGGUUCCAGCAACAUCUAUGUUCGCAGAUCGAACUACGUCUUUGGAACACCGAACAGGCCGGUCACCGACAGAUGUGCGAUUUCCCCAACACCUGCCAAAUUCCCAACGGCCACUUGCUACAGAUCAUGCGCAAGACCACGUACCCCGAUUUGCUACCUCAUCUAAUCUAGCACAAAGCACUCAUUCGAGAGCCACAAGUGCGGGUAGACCUUCGACAGCAGGCUCGCCGACAGCUAGACGGCAACACAUCCGGCUUCGGUCUGAUGAAGACAAUAGAGUCGAAGAAUUAGAGAAAGCAAAGAAGAGCCUGGAUGUGUUGAUCGAUAGCGACGAAACACUUCACUACACGCUUACCCCGAGACCGGCUAGAGAUGGAGGCAAACCUAAAACGAAGAGCCAGACACAGGAAUUGGCAGAUUUCUUCCGUACUACUGCCCCACCAGGAGAGGAACCUGUGAGGCCGAGGUCUUCCCGCUCUGCCAAAGAGUCAAUGGGAGGUCUCAGGUCAUACCCGUCUCUUUCUCAGCCCCCUCUGCCAGGAAACACCAGAACGCCAUCAUCGUCUAUAGCUCCACAGUCUGUGAGCUCGUCUCUGAAGCCAAAGAAUCCUCUCGGGGAACCUCGUGAUCCUAGAAUGACACGAAAUAACAUCAGAGAUCUCGCCGAUUAUGCUCGGUCCACAGGGCCGGAGAACGAGAUGCAGCUUCCCAAAGCUCUUGCUGCUCGACCAGGUACCGCCCAAAAUACCGAUUCAGUGGCGCCUGGGAACGAAGUUGACGAGGAACGUCCAGUGACAAGCCCCGAGAAGCCGGCCAAUCGUUUGAAAUAUCAAGCCCGCGAUGCCCGAGCUCCAAGAACUGCUGAGAGCUCAGAUUUGAUCGACUUUAUCAGAGAAGGUCCACCUCGAGCUCCAGGAGAACAUCGCAUUGAUCGGCGAGUUGCACCUUUCCGCACAACAAUGGAUUCUGAUGAUCUCAAUGCCCUUGCUCCACCACCAGAGCUUGAUGCCAAUGGACGUAGAUCUGACGGCAGCGCUGUUGAGAGUGCGAUGACCGUCAAGUCGAUGCCAUCGUCUAUGAACUCUAGGACUGGUCUACUUGAUUCGACCAACCGAGCUGCGGGAAAAGCUACCAAUGGUAUAGCUUCGAGACAACCUAUAAUUCCGGAGACAGACGGCAUACCAAAGAGAAAUCGACGCAAGGUCCGUGAUCCUUACGCAAUCGACUUCAGUGACGAAGAAGAAGAGGAUGAAGAGAUGGAGGACGAUCUAUUCCCUGCCAAACGCAGAACAGAUGAAGAAUCGUUGGUUGAUUUUCUGCGAAACACAGCUCCAGGGCCUGGGAUGACCACGCAACCGAUUCUUGGUGCGAUUGCGAGCCUGUCGCAGGAGGAUAUCCAGGGCGACCUUCGACGGCAAUCGAGCAGCUCCAAGCUGAAGGACUACCUGCAGGGAUCUACGCCAGGCAGGAACGGCACGAGCGCUGGCAAGCCAAAUGGUGCGAGGGCAGAGUCUCCUCACUUGACACAAGUCGGUUCCAAAAUGGACAAAUAUCGUCCAACCCAAGUCACUCACGCAUCCCACGUGGACCGAAAUAGAGCAAAGAUGCGCGCAGAGCCGCGAGACGCAACUGUUGCAGAUAGCAGUGGCACCGCGGAUCUGGCAGCAUAUCUUAAGAACUCAGGUCCGCCUCCUGGAUCCGACCAACCCGUGCAACGAUUGGGUACUCCCAAGGAGCAAGCGAGGUUCAUGAGGUUUUUCCAGCGCAGGGGAAGCGUGAAGAGGUGAAGUAACUGCAAUCUUCCUUAUGAUGUGAUUGAUAAUGUGUAUAAUGUGUGCUUUUUCCCUUCUUCUCUCGAGCGUAUGCCACAGGAUUCAUUUGCUUGAAAUGCAAGAUAACAAGCUGAUCUGAGGGAGAUCUAUCACUCCCACUAGUUGUACAUGCAGCAAUAGCUCUUGUGUAGAAUAGCGAUGGAGCGGAAGAACCAUGGUAACAUGAGAAUUGGUUUAAU